GACUUCGCAAGUGUUUCUGGGAAGCCGAGGCCCGAGGGCCGAACGACCGCCCUUUUUGUAGCACCGAAAGAAGAACAGCGCUACAUGCGUCGAGGGAAAUAUUAUCGUAAAGCAACUUUCUGAAGCAACUCAACCAAACUUGAGAGAAGGAGAAGCUCAAUGAUGGCGGCUGAAGUGGACGUGGCGGUAGAGCUGGAGCAAAGCGAUGAGUACCCGGCACAUUACAAAGUCAUGAUGGACAAACUUAAUGAGCAACGGCAGCUGGAUCAGUUCACAGACAUCACCUUGAUUGUGGAUGGACACCAGUUCAGAGCCCAUAAAGCGGUAUUGGCAGCAUGCAGCCAGUUCUUCCACAAGUUCUUCCAAGAUUUCACGCAGGAGCCGCUAGUGGAGAUAGAAGGAGUGAGCAACACAGCCUUUAGCCAGCUGAUGGAGUUCACGUACACAGCGACGCUAGUUGUCGUCGGAGAAGAAGAGGCCUAUGAUGUCUGGAAGGCUGCGGAAUACCUCCAGAUGCAGGAAGCCAUCAAAGCGCUCAACGUAAAGAUAAAUGAGAAUCCCUCGCUGACGGCCAAGGGCAAAGGUAAAAAGAGGAAGAUUGCGGAGACUUCUAAUGUGAUUACAGAAACCCUACCUUCAGUGGAAGGGGAACAGGUGGAAAUUGAGGUGAUUGGGGAAGGAGGGGCCAUCGAGCUGGAGGAGACCGGACUGGAGGAGGUGGUUGAUGCAGCAAAGAAUGCUCAGGCGGCGUCCGACGACUCUGCUUUGGCUCUUCUGGCGGACAUAACCAGCAAGUAUCAGCAAGGGGAACCUAUGCCUCAGGUCUUAAAGAAAGAAGAACUAGAAGAGGAGAUGGUGUACCAGGAGGAAACGGUGACGGCCUCAAAGGUGCUGGAGAAUGUCGAGGUCGUGGAGGUCCAGAUUUCCCAAGUGGACAACAUGUUCCGCUGCAACAAGUGCGAUCGCAGCUUCAAGCUGUACUACCACCUCAAACAGCACUUGAAAACCCACCUGGGUUCGAUGGAAAAACCACACGUGUGCGACCACUGCGGGAAAGCCUACACGAGGGAGGGCGCCUUGAAGCAGCACAUCGGCACGUUUCAUUUUGAUGCGGAAGAGCUGUCUCAGAACCAGAAACCCCAGAAGAGGGUGCAUGUCUGUGAAUACUGUAAAAAGCACUUUGACCACUUCGGCCACUUUAAGGAGCACUUACGGAAGCACACUGGUGAAAAACCUUAUGAGUGUCCAGAUUGCCACGAGCGUUUCGCAAGGAACAGCACACUGAAGUGCCAUAUGGCGGCCUGUCAGAAUGGGGCUGGAGCCAAGAAAGGACGCAAGAAACUCUACGAAUGCCAGGUCUGCAGCAGUGUAUUCAACAGCUGGGACCAAUUCAAAGACCAUCUCGUGAGCCACACGGGCGACAAGCCCAACCACUGCACCAUGUGUGAUAUGUGGUUCACCCACCCAAAAGACCUAAAGGCCCACCUCAAACACAUCCAUUCCAUUGAGGACAAUUCGGCGGAAGAGCUGGUCCUCAGUGACUCUGCCUCCGCCAUCGCAAUAGAGGGAGCCGAGACGGUUCUGCUGGACGACGGCAUCCAAGUGGAGCAUGUCACGGUCGAGCCAGUGGACGUGAUGGAGAUGGAGGAGGAGACGACAAUGACGACGGUCUUGGUGGAGGACGGAGGGGUGGCGGAGAUGUGCGAGGAGGACGUGGAGAGACUUAAGCGGGCCGGGGUACAGAUCCAGGUGGUGCACGUGACCACAACAGAAGUGGACGGGCAUCAGGUGGUGAACUCUCAGGUGGAGGUGAAGAUGGAGAUGGAGGGUGAAGUGGUGAGCGUCGAGGAGGCGGAGCAAGCGGUUUCUGUAUGAGAAUGCGGAAAAAAGAAGACUGUCAUAUAGGACCUGCAGGACGCUCUUACAGCCCUGAGCGGCUGCUUUGUCCUGGUUACAAGUUAUUUUUUUACAUAAAUAAACACUGCAUGUGCGAUACAGCAUGUCCCCUCAACAUGUCCUGCUGUCUGCCGUCACAUCGAAGACUCCACCUCCAACAUCUCUCACUCCCUUAAUCUAUGGGAAGAGCUACUGCUCCUGUAUUUAUUUUAAAGCCGUUUGCAUCAUAUCACAUUUUCCAUGACUCUUCAGUGCUUCAAUCAAUUUGUAUCAGUUUUUUUUUGUCUCUCUCUGUGUCUUUAUUUUACAUCCAAAUGAAUUAUGUCACUUGCCAAGACAAUUUGACAAUGAAUAAAAGGUUCUUGUUGCUACAUUUGUUUGGUGCAGAACUUCCCUCAGUGCUAAUGCUACAGCUUUUUUUCAGAUUGACUUUUGGUGUUUACCAAAAGGAAUGUAGGAAUCACGUGGAAUUGGUUUCAAGAGUGGGCCACUAGUCAUGCAUCCUGAGUCGAUAGUCUUUAAAAAAUCAACUCCGAUUGAGACUUAGUCUAUCUUCGGAAUCUGUUUUUUAUUUGUUCCUUUCCUGAAACGUGUAAAUGGAGAACCGCUCUGCCUUUGUCACUUCACAAGGUGACUGCUUCAGUGCCAAUGUUGUCGUCUCAACUUGUUUCCAAAGCCCCCAGGCGGAGAACAAAAAUCUAUGUAGUUUUGAGAAAGUUGGUCUAAUGCAUGUUGGAAGCUUGUUUUGUUUUGUUUAAAAUACAUUAAUAAAAUACCCUGAACUAUCA